GCUUACAGUUUACCAUUGUGGGCACCAUAUUCAUAUCUAUAUCCACUGAACCAAGCUUAUUUGAAAAGUUGUGGAAUCUAUCCAAGGAGCCCUGCACCAGUAUUUCACCCAAAUCCUUGGUUCCAUGCGACUGCUGGAGUAAUGCAUAAUGAGAAUGUUAUAAGUCCACCGCACUUAUCCAGUCCUGCAGAGACCAAUGCUCCUGAUCAUUCAGUACAAAGAGAUGCCAAUGAUAUUGGCAGCCAUUCACCAUUGUCACAAACUGCUACACCACUUCUGCCUCACAAAAGCAAACCUGUGCUAGACACACCGAUCCCUGAACAGUCACCUCAAAACUUUAAUCCCUUGUUUCCACGGUAUUUUCCCAAUUUGAUAUCGGAUGGAACCCAACAUUCUGGCUGGAGAACGCCUGUAUCACAGGCAUUAUUUAGCCAGCAUGCACAAAUGCAUACUUUCAGUUUUCAUCCAAUGUACAUGGCUCUGCCGAGUCAUGUAUUUCCAUUGCAGAUAAAUAGUGGGAGCUCUGCUUGUCAAAAUGUUCAGAAGGUCGGUGCAUCAGAUCUAGUUGAACCGAUGUCAGGCAACACACAGAGUCAUGAAAUAGAAGAGGUGGGGAGACAGCCAAAACUAUUGACCAGUGCUGAAGAGGGCAGGCUGACUAAGACUCAGCCUGUCAUUUUUGAAGAUUCUCAAUUAUUGGUAAAACCUGGUGGUGGGAUUGGUGAUACGUGCCCCUUGGUUGAGGAACAGUCAGUCUCUAGCCCUGGUGAAGGAUCUGCAAAGCAACACUCAGCCCUUAGAAGGGAUAAAGACUCCGUAUUGAUAGAAAAGCUAAAUCCAGCACCUGAUAGUGGGCUUUCUUGUGUGGAUACACAGUAUAUUGAGGCUCACAAAGUUGCAGGAGCUGAUGCAAAUGAAUUCAAACUUGCUAGUCAACGUUUUGAGGCAAAAUCCAGAAGAGACUUAACUUUGCAGUGCAUUAGUGAAUCAAAUGUUGAUACUGUGGCACAUGGUGUAGAAGUCAUCCUUUUGGAUCAUACCUCUGAGAAUAGUUACAAAAUGCCAGUCAUAAUAAAUAAUAACAAACCUGUGCAGUUUUAUAGUCAGACUUUGGGAAAGGAAAGACACUCUAUAAAAGAAGAUAGUUCUUCAGAAAGGACCGUGUAUCGACGUUCUCCUUAUGUGCGCAAGAAAGGAGAAAAAGAAAUGAGUAGGAAAAAAUGCCAAGGAAAACCUUGGGUAUCAAAAACUACAUGUUGCCUACCUGAUAGCCAUGUUAGCAGUAGGGAUGCAGCAGAUAGCAUUAAAAGUGAGAGCAAGUUACCAAUUAAAGAUGGCAGUGUUCAGAGUGUAAACAAUGUUGCACAAAAUUCUGAACUACCUGUAGAUCUUGAUACUGACAGGCAUGAAAGCAAAAAUGAAAAAAAACAAGAAAAGGUUAAAAACCAAAAGUUUUCUAUGCGUCAAAAUAGACUGGAUGAAGAAACUGGUCUUGGCAACAGGAGAAAACAUGAUGUAAAGGAAUUUCAGAAUUGGAUGGUUGUGGAAAAUGCCAGUGGAAUGUCAUUUGAAGGAAAACGCAAUGGUUUUAAAAAGCAGAGAUAUAGAGAGGGUGGGAAACCUAGUCCUGCUGUACGAAAAUGUUAACUGCAUAAAUUUUGGAAAGCAGUGACUGACAGAAAGAGAACCAUUACACUUAAACUGAUCUUACAGCUAUUUUUGCAAGAAUUUAAACACUUGUUUUGCAGCAGUUGCAGAAUUGAUAGAAUAUUAAAGCAAGUAGGGAGGCCAUUUGGCCCAUUGUGCCUCUGCUGUUUGAUACAGCUGUCCAGUUUAUUCCCAUACCCAAGGCUUUUUGUUGUAACCUUGAAAAUAAGUCCUCUUCAUGUAUCUGCCCAAAUGCAUUUUUGAAAACUCCCAUGCAAUAAUUCUACCAUCUGUCAGAUGUUGUGGUUCUAGAUCGUAAUAACCCUUUACAUGAAAAGAAAACUUCCCAGUUCUUUGUCAAUUAUUUUAAAUGUUACCUCUUGGUACUGAGCCACUCUCUAGAGGGACCAGUUUGACACUUCUUCCUCUAUCAAAUCUCACCUCAUAAUUUUGGAAAUCUGUGUUAGGUCUCCCCAUAUUGGAAGCAGAUUAUUCGUGGGGUCUGUUAAGAAUUGAUUGUUGAUGCUUCAACUUCACUAUAUUUAUUAAUUACUUAGAGGGCCAAAGACACAAAUUUACCAAUGAGAGUAACCAAUGAUAAAAACAUAAAAUUACAAAGACACAUUGAUAGAUUACAUAAGUGAAUGAGAUGUGGUCAGUGGAUUACAUUCCAAUUCAGUGUAAGGUCAUCUAUUGUGGUCCAUAAAGAAUAGAUCUGAAUAAUAUUUACAGGGUAUAAAGUUAGGCCCAAAGUGAUUUAGGGGUCUAUGGAUCACUAUGUAAGGGAUAAAAUAAAUGAGUGACUAAUGAAAUGUUACAGUACUAGAAUGUUUUACUACACUAUAGCUGCACAAAAACCUAGUUAAACCACAUUUAGAGAAUGUGGAUAGGAGUUUGGAGCAGUGCGAGGCAAUACGGCCCCCAAGUCUGCUUUACAAUUUGAUCUACAAGGCCUUUACUAAUCAGAUUAUGGCCUCAACGCUACUUUCCAAUCCAAGCCCUUUGAUCCCUUUAACAGUCAAUAACUUAUCUAGCUGAGCCUUAAAUGUAUUCAAUGCCAUGCCUCGCUGAAAUUCUUUUGAUCUCCAUCUUAUACGGAAGAAGUCUUAUUUUUGAACUGUGCUCCCUAAUUUUAGUUUCUUCCAUAUGGAGUAACAUCCUUGCAGCAUCCACCUUGUCAAAUCCCCUCAGGAACUUGCUUCAAUAAGAUCAUCCCUAUUCUUUAGAACUCCAAUUUCUUUUGAGGCCUAACAUAUCUUGACAAUCUUUACAUUGCUGGAAAUCAGGUGAGUGAACUUUCCCUGCACUACUUAUAUUGUAGUGAUUUCUUAAAUAGGGAGAGCAAAACCAAGCUUCAGAUGUGGUCUUACUAUUGCCCAAUACAAUGCUGGCAAACUUCCCCACUUAAAUAUUCCUUCCCAAUUGCAAUAAACUACAAAAUUUCAUUUGCCUUCCUAGUCACUUGAUGUACCUCCUUACUAACUUUGUAAGUCAUGUACCAGGGCACUGAAAUUCCUCUAUACUGUAAUGCUGCCAUCUCUCCAUUUAAACAACCUACUAUUUUCCUUCCAGCCAAAGUGGACAAGUUCACAUUUUCCCACAUUACACUCUAUCUGCCAAAAUUUCUGCACACUCAUUUAUCCUUUCUAUAUCCAUCUACAGAGUCCUUGCGUCUUCCCCCUUGUUUGUGUCAUCAGCAAAUUGAGCAACUAUACAUUGGAUCGCUUCAUCCAAGUCAAUGAUAUAGAUUGUAAGUAGUUGCAGUAAUUACCAAAACUCAUCCCUGUGGCACUCCACUGAUUACAUUUAGCUAAUCUGAAAAUGAUCCAUUUAUUUUUGCUUUCUUUUUCCUGUUAGCUCAUCAGUCCUCUCUGUGUCUUAAUAAGCUAUGAGCUCAUUUUUGUAGUAGCCUUUGAUGUGGAAUUUUGUCAAGUACGUUGUGGAAAGUGAAGUACAUCAUAGCUACUGGUUCCCCUUUUAUGCACAUACUGUUACAUCCUUAAAGAACUAUAACAAAUGAGUCAAACACCACUUCCCUUCCAUAAAACUGUGUUAACUCUGCCUGAUUGCAUUGAGAUUUUCUAAGUAGUUUAUCAGAACGUCCUUAAUAGAUUCUAGUAUUUUCUCUAUUAUAGAUAUUAAGCUAACUGACCUAUAGAUCCUGCUUCUGUUUCCCUCCUUCCUUGAAUAGAGUUCCAUUCAUUUUUUUUACUUAGCCGAUGGAACCUUUCCAGAACCAAGGGAAUAUGGUAAACCAAAACCAUGUAUGUACUCCUUUCUCUGUUGAAUUAUAAUUGUUUUAAGUUUCUCCCUGUCUUCCACAUGAUUUACAUUUUUUUUCGGCAUGUUAUUUUUGCCUUUUAACUGAAGACACUCAAUUAAUUGUUGUUUCCUUAUUUCCCAUGAUUAUUUCCCCUGACUUACACUUUUGACAACCAACACUCAUUCAUUUUUUCAUUUCUUAAUACCUAUAGCAACUCACAGUAUCUGUUUGUAUAUUUCUGUGUCAUUUUAUUCUAAUGUGUCUCCAUUAUUUCUUCAGUUUGCUGAUUUUUAUUCACAUAAUCUUGUGUUCUGUCAGUAAACUUUGUGAAAUUUACACUUUCUUUCAGUGCAAUACUAUUUUUAACUUCUUUAGUCACAAACGGUGACUAUCUUUUUCUUGCUUUCUCAAGGAAAGUAUCUUUGCUCAGUGCUGUGAAAUAUCUCCUUACCUUCCAUUUAACCUAAUACCUAAUUCACUUUACAAGACAACAAGGUGCAGAG